GUACCAAACAAACUGGGAAGAGGGGCGUGGCCUCAGGUCUUAGUAUAGACAAUGGCCAGUUUAUCGUCCCUCAGCGGAGACACACUCAAGAAGGCACAGAAAGAGUUGUUUGAAGAUCCUGACAAGAGACUGGAGGUCAUCUCACAGCUCAGAGACAGCAUCGAGCAAUGGACGCCCACUGUUGAUGACCAGUAUGAGCAAAACCUCAUAUUUGCUCGGAAAGAGGACAAGUUUCUGUUGAGGUUUCUCAGAGCUAAGAAGUUUGAUGUUGAUCGCUCGUUGAAGUUAUAUGUCAACUACUACAAGUAUCGUAGCAAGUAUGCCCAUAUACUGGGAGAGAUGAGUGUGUCGUCAGCCGAGGGGUUGCUGAGUGGAGGAGGAUUGUGUGUACUGCCACCACGCAAUGGGCCUAGGGUCAUCAUCAUACGUGUAGACUGUUUUGACUUUGACAAUAUAGUGCCAGGAGAUUUGCUCAAGAGUCUAUUGUUGGUGUUUGAUAGGAUACUGGAUAUUGAUGAGGAGGCACAGGUGCACGGUUUUGUGGUGGUAGAGGAUUUGUCUGGCUUCUCUCUAAUGGCUGCCAUGCACAUUGCAGGACAAGAGGCAGUGAGGAAGGGAGUGCUAGUAGAGCUCAUGCAGGAAUCAUUCCCUGCACGCUUCAAAGGCAUCCACUUGCUCUCUCAACCGUGGUACUUUAGUCUAGUGUUCACUAUAAUCCGCCCAUUCCUCAAGCAAAAGCUGCGAGACAGGUUUCAGUUGCAUGGGACUGACUAUGACUCCCUGCAUGAGGUCAUUCCCCCUGAGUAUCUACCAGAGGAGUAUGGGGGUACAUUGUCAGCUGUUGAGGAAUAUGCUGCCAUCAAAUUAUUCCCAACUGGACAGAAUUAACUUAAUUCAAUCAUGCUUGUAUAAUCAUUUUAUACAGCCUUGCCAUUUAUAUGAAACAGUUCAAACUAGUUUUUGUAAAUCAUUAUUAUUGACAAUGUUGACAAUGAGA